CUAGAAUCCGUUUCUCGAGGUUUCGUUUUUAAAAUCUGUUUUUUACGUUUGGACAGAUCUUGCUUUGAUAUAAUCAGACACUUCAGCAUUGGCAGUUACUAUCAGCAAUAUAAAGAAAUAAUUUAGUGAUUCAAACACUGCUGUUAUUGGAAAAGAAAGAAUUCAACAGUUGCUGUCAACAUGUCCGAUUAUGACAGCGACGAUGCUGCAAACAUCCAAGGUGCUCCCAACACUGAAAAAAGACGUCGACUUAGAGCCGAUUAUCGCAGUGCUAUUGCUCAAGCUGAAGAAAACAUGCAGGAGGUGCUGAACGGAAAAACCAAGAUAGACUUGCAUUCAGAGUUGAGGCAAGUGAACGAGCUGUUUCUAGAUGUCAAAGCUACACAAGAUGCUGCAUUGGAUUCAAAAGCAUUGCUUCUGAUUGCAGAAAUGUCGUCAUACAAGGUUCAACGUUUGAAUUUUGGUGGUGGUUCAUUCACGCUCGAGGAUUUCGUGUCCAAGGUUGCUGCUCGACUAGGCGGAUCUGAGCAAUCUGCCGUGAGGAAUCACGAUGAUGCUAGUGUACAUUCUUUGAACUCUGAUAAUUUGAAAUGGGAUGCUUUGGCCGAAACCAUUGCCAGGAUAUCAACUCGGGUUUGUAUCCCUGGCUUCAUGUAUGGUGCGAUUGCAGUAGAGCCUAAACAGCGAGAGUUUAAGCGACGGACUGCUAAACUUGUUAAAGAUGGGUCAAAACUACGUCAGCCAGAGCAGCUUGCCGAAGAAGAUAUUGUACAGCAGGAGAACGAAACAUCGUCUAAUGUUCAAUUAAUAUACCGGUGUUUAGAACAAGUCCAACCUGUCAAUUUUUUUAAAUUCUUCAUCAACCCAGAUUCGUUUUCACAAUCCGUCGAGAAUCUAUUUUAUCUAUCGUUUUUGGUUCAUGAUGGAUUGGCACGUUUAGAGGACAAGAAUGGCAAACUACUUUUGUCAACAGAAGUGCCUCCAACUGAAUCAGACCUACAACGUGGAGUGACUAAACUACAACAUAUUUUGAGUUUAGAUAUGAAAACGUGGAAGGAUGCAAUUGAAACGUUUGAUAUUACAAAACCGAUCAUUCCCACUCGUGUUUCACAUUCAGUCAAGGACAAUGGCAAGUGGUAUGGAUAGAAACAAAAACGGGAAUUUGUGCAUUAGGCUCAGAUUGAAUUCAGCAGCACUCGACUUCUUGUCAUAUUUGACUUGCUCAAUGCAUUCGUGAUUGUCUUUAUGCUUACAUCAAUUUCAUUCAAGCUUUUAAAUAGCUGUGACUUUCUAAAAACACCCAACCCUCAACUACAUUUUUAAUCCAAUGUCGUAAAUCACAAUCCCAGGUUUAAUGUUACAGAUGUGACUAGACAAUGAAAUAAAAAGUGCAGGUAUGCCAAACUAUUUACAUGGAAAAGGGAUCGCCGCCACUUGUCGGUGAAUUUAGGCUUUCUAUUGUAGACAAAAACCCAUCUUCAUCCGAAAAUAUUGCAAGCGACUUGUAUACCUUACAGAUUUGAUGAAUAAAACCCGAAAAUUCGAGUGUGAUGGAACUAUACAUCAGUCUUGGAAUGUCUUCUUUGCGUAUACCAAGUUUUUCUAUCAACUCUGUUGGAGUUGCAUCACCCGUGACUUGCAAUUGUGGCUCAAACACAAGUUCACCCGUCCGUAUUAAAACUGGUUUGGGUCGAGACGGAAGUAGCUGUUGCGAGGCUCGUACAAAUGAAGAUUGAUUGCUCAUCGGAGUUGAUGCCAUAGGGCUCGGAGAUACAAAUUCAUGGUGUUGAGAUCCGUUAGAUUGACUAGGUGAGGGUGAUCCUAUUUUCAAAGUCAAUCUUGGCUCUAAAUGAGCUUGGGGUAUCACAUCGUCCUCCAUCUCAAAUACCAAUGCCGCUUUACUAUACGUUUUGAUCAAAUCCAGCAAGUACUUGUAUAGUCCAAUAUUCAAUGCAACGUACACACGCCCUUGAAAAUCAGUACGGAAUCCAUACUCGACACGAUUUUUGAUCAAAUCAGAUUCGGAUGUGACACGCAUGCUUAAAGUAGGAAA